AUGGAGGAGAACACCCAGGCGACCCAACCGCAGCUCACCGAAUCUUCAACGGGCGACCAGAUGGAGGGAGUCAUCGAGAACAAUGAGACCGCCCAGCAGCACCCUAUAGACCCGAGUGAGUGGAACUGGCGCACUUGGCCCACAUCUCUGAUCCUCGUCAACCAGGGGGAGUCCGUAGGUUGGAAUGAGGAAAAGGACGACCCCCAGGAAUAUCUCCUAUACCUAGACGUCAUCCCGGGCUCUGACUCCCCGGAGCACGUCACCGACCCGACCAUCCCGCCGGCGGCCAUGAGCCCGAAUUCCUGCGAGUUCCACGAGCUUAACCACGACCGCAAGAUCGUCCUGGCCAAGCCGGCGUCCGUGUGUCUGGAUCGCUGCGUGAGCAACUCUUACCACCCGGAGCGCGGCGCCGUCGUGAUAAGCGACGACAUGCGCCUCGUCAGCGACGGCUACUGGCUGGUGUUCUUCUAG